AUGAGAUGCCGCUCACGUCGUCGAGCAUUCCGAGCCAAUUCUAGCACUCAUCUGGAUCAUCUGCAUUCGCUGAGGAGAAAAACUAUGUUGGAUAGGCAAGACUCUGUUGUCAAUGGCGGUCCUAUCACGAAACACUCCAAUACCGAACAAGUCUUGAUGAUGCAUACGCUGAAGACGAAGACGUCCAAGUAUCAGUCCUUCAUCGAUAAGGCCUUCCAGAAUAUCAUGCAAGCCACAGAUGAGCAGAUUAUCGAGGUAUGUCGAUGGUAAAC